UCUCCCCUAUUAUAAAAGGGUUUCUAGGGUGAUAAUGCACACAUAUAUACACACACACCUUUGAACUCUCAACCUCAACAUUAUUGUGUCAUAAGAAUCCUAAAAGAAAAUGAAUAAUUCUAGAGCUGCUAACAAGCCAACCGUAUGCCCCUGUCCAGCCCCAAAAAGACUGAUAACGUCAAAGAAUUGGACUUCAAGGAACGACUCGUCCAAGGUAAACGCCAUCUUGCACCCGGAGAACUUUUCGCACUCCUCCGGUAAAACUCAAAGUCAAAAGAUCAAAGGAAAAGUGAAUGUAAAACCACUUUUGAGUUGUAACACGUGCUACUGCAGAUGCAAAAGUCAGAUACCGAGACCGACGUUCUUUAAACGACCCAACACUUGCAUUAGUUACAACCUGUCAGCAAAAAGUAAGGUACAUGAAGAUGUGGGUUUAAAGAGGAAAUCUUUAAGGUGUAUUUGUGAUGGGGAGGAGGAUGUGGGGUCUCAAAGAUCGGAGGUUGAACAGGUCAGUAAGUCUUCGGGUGUAGAUGACUUUGGGCUAGGAAAAACCGCUCAACGAAGGAAAUAUGAGCAGUACCGAAAGGAGCAAGAAGUGAUUCAUAAAGAGAAACUGCAUGAUGAGGGACUGGAAGAGAGGUACAGGAGACAAUUGUUGAGUGGUGGAGAUGGUGGGACUGUUGAUACUUUAUUAGGUACCCAAUGCAAUGAUACCGAGACUUCCUUGUCAAACGAUGGAUUGUGGAAGAAGUUCAGUAAUCAAACGAAGUUUUCCAAAGAUAUUCCAACCGAUGAGUUUCCGCGAUUCACGGAGUCUGAAUGGUCCAUUCCAGAGUUUCGGCGCGAACAUUACUUCGAGACUCACGAUAUUGGGAAAAUUGGAAACAUUACUGGUGUUAAUUCCAUCGAUGACCACACCUGCGUACAUCAAUUUAAACUUGACAAACGUUGGCUUCCAGUGCCAAUAAACCAAGACCCUUUCGGCAGAAGCUUAUGUAAAAUAUGCGAUAAACCUAUGGAAGGUUCUUGCACCAAUAUGAAAUCAUCAGGAUCAAUGUUUUCCGGAAGUAACAUCACUAAAGCCGAGUUAAGAAGUUACGCUAACGCCUACAAAUCAGGUUUCGUCCCGAAAAUUGUGAAUUUAGGUAGAGGGAAAUCGAAAAUUGAAGUUUUAUUGGACGACAGUGACGUUUCUCAGUUAAGCUGUUAUAUUAACCGAGUAAAAAAACCACCGGUUUAUACCAACAGUUUGGCCUUAAGGCAUCAGAGAAUGAGACUGAUUUGAAGAAGAAGAAUGUUUACAAGUUUGUACAUGUUUUUUUAAUUAAAAUGGAAAUAUA